CUCCCUUCUCCCAAUUUCCUGCCUUCCUAGUUUAACUUCCCAAGAAUUUCUUGCUAUUGGAAAAGUGGCCAUAAGAUAAUGGAUUUAGUUAGAACUAUCCAUCCAGCAAUGAAAUGGUGCUUUUGUUCUGCUAUAUUUCCAAUAUCACAACAAAGGGUCAUGAAUUAUGGUGGCAAUUGUAAUUAUAUGCAUAGGCAUGUGUUUUGUUUCCCAUUUUCAUCCUACCCUUUUCCUUGUUUGCUCAGAAAGUCCCAUGUAUCGACAGCUAAGAAGAAAAGCUCAGAGUCCGAACCAAUUCUUAAGCCUUCAAUCGUUGAAGAGGUGUCAGCUAAGGAUGAUGAUGAAGAAGAUGGGCUGUACUUCGAUGACUUGGAUGAUGAUGGCCUUGAUGAAGAUGAUGAUUAUCUAGAUGAUGAGUACAUUGAAGAAGAGGCUCGUGUUGGGGAUGGAUCUGGGGGAGGUGGAGUGUCUCUUGCUGGGACUUGGUGGGAUAAAACAGCAUUGGCAAUUGCCGAGGAAGUUGCUCUGUCAUUCGAUGGGGAACUAGGAAUAUAUGCUUUUAGGACCUUGUUGAAUUCCAUUAUUCAAAUAAGAAUAGAGAGACUCACAAACAAGUCUGGUUCUCCCAGCAUGCUAGAUAUUGAAGAUUUCACCUCAGCCUACAGGGAACGGCUGGAUGAAGCAGAGGUUGCAGGAUCUAUUCCUGAUAACAUUACUCUUGAGGUAUCUUCACCCGGUGUUGAAAGGGUUGUCUGUGUUCCUGAAGAUCUCGAACGUUUCAAGGAACAUCCAAUGUUUGUAAAGUAUGUCAGCGGUGUUACUGAAAGCGGUUCAACAUCUGAGCAUGAUGGCAUCUUCAGACUUAUCUCAUAUGAUCUUGAGACAAAAUCUUGCAUUUGGGGAAUAGCAGAUGUGAGGGUAAAUAGAGAAAAAGCAGGGAAAGGAAGGCCCCUUAGUAAAAAGCAGAGGGAAUGGAGGUUGGAAACAACCUUUGAUUCCCUACUUUUAGUUCGAUUUUAUUCUGAAAUCUGAACAUUUGCACCUCCAGCUUGGUCAUUUUUGCAGCAACUCUCUGUAUUUAGGCCCUAUGAAUUAUUACUUCAUUGGAUUGUAUUAUCAUAUCAGCUCUAGCCAAUAACAGUAAUGACAAUAAAUAAGUAGAAUCA